UCUGCAACUUCACACUGCAAAAGGAUAACAAAAAGAGGUUAGAGAAACCCUUUAAAAAGGAUGCUUGCCUAAGAAUUUAAAAAGAGGGAAACAAAGCAGGAGAGAUUUUCAGUGACCUUUUAAAUAACUGGAUUACUAUGGAUUCACUCCUGUAGUUACAGUGGAUGGUAUCGGCAUGGAGCAAAACAGAGUAAAAUACAACAGCACGUAAGGAAUUUCCUCUCACCAAAUUGUCUCCGGUCCCUUAAUGGUCUGUAAGUCUUGCUGAGUACUUUGUGUACGGUCCCUUAGCAUGGUGAUUUGCAUCCCACUGUUGGCCUUGCUGUUGGCCGCCGCUUGCAGCUGUCUCAGUCUGCUUCUGGCUGAGAAAGAGGCAAUCCCUGGUCUGUCUAUUUACCAAAGCCCAGUGGGUGACAGACUCUUUCCCAGAAGUUGAAAAGAGAUACUCUGACUGGUCCUCCUCUCUCAAGUCAAGUGGCUUCUCUCGUCAUGGACUGCCUUUCUGUGAGCUUAUAUCCUGACCAGGCUUUCCAAAUCUAGCCUGUGGAGCGAGAUAAGAAACAUCCCCCAGGGGAAAAAAUGACUGAAGAACCCACAAAAGAGAACCCGGGAGUCCCAAAGUCUCCCACACCAGUGACAAUGGAGAAAAGCCCCAAGAGUGAAGUUGUAGUCACCACGGUCCCCUUGGUCAGUGAGGUUCAGCUGAUGGCCGCCACCGGGGGUGCCGAACUCUCCUGCUACCGCUGCAUCAUCCCCUUUGCCGUGGUGCUCUUCAUCACUGGGAUCGUGGUCACCGCUGUGGCUUAUAGCUUCAAUUCCCAUGGUUCCAUCAUCUCCAUCUUCGGCCUGGUCCUUCUGUUCUCCGGACUAUUUUUACUAUCCUCCAGCGCCUUGUGCUGGAAGGUGAGACAAAGGAACAAGAAAGUCAAGAGACGCGAGAGUCAGACAGCUCUUGUGGUAAAUCAGAGGAGCUUGUUUGCUUAAGACUGAGUAAGACUGAUGGAGAAAUUUCACCCUCCCACCCUGCUCUAAUUCGUUGAAUUCAUUCGUACGGAACCAGCCCGGGAGGGGAUGGGCUCAACUUUGGAAUGAACAACCAAAAUGAACAUAGGGCAUAGGGAGGACUGAAAGUGAGGGGUCAAGACGGUUCCCCCUUUGUAGGGAAUAACUCAUCUUCUUUAACGACAAACUUAAUCCUAAGGGCUAUUUUUAAGACAGAAGAAUCAGCUUUCUUUUUCUGUUAAACGUUUGGGAAGUGUGGGACAUGCACAACAUUAAAUAGCACUUGGUUCACCUUUGGAAGUACCCAAAGGAAUGAUGGACAAAUAAUGAGAGCCCUGGCGAGUGGUGUUUUAAAAAACGUUCCACCAAAAGCCUACAUUGGCUUGGCAUUACCACGUACCUAAGUGAUUCUGUUAUAUAUAUAUAUUUUUUCCAAUAAGUUGAUUCUCUGCCCUCCCCCCUUUAAAAGAAUUUUAACUUUCAGUAACAUCACUAGAGGUACUUUAUUUUGAAGAACAGACUUUUAUAUAUAUAUAUUUUAACAAUGGACAAUUAAUUGUAGGUGAUUGUAAUGAUAUGUCGAAGAAAACAGAAAUGUAGACAAGAACACAGAUGACAUGGUGACAGUUAAAUUAAUACUAAAAUAAUCCAAUAUAGCACCUUGGGUGGCUUUUAUACAAAAGUUCGGUGUACAUUUCACUCAAUAAAUGCUCAUGGCUGAUGAAACUU